CUUAUAUAAUUCUCUGUAUAAACAUUUUGAUGGGAUGUUCAUGUUGUUUGAUGCUUGCAAUUGGACUAACCAUGGAGCGGCUGAUUUCUCAUCCUCCUCUCAUGAUCGUCUCAGACCUUGAUCAUACCAUGGUUGAUCAUCAAGAUCAUGAGAACCUCUCUCUUCUCAGGUUCAAUUCAUUGUGGGAAUACGCUUAUCGCCGUGACUCUCUUCUUGUCUUCUCUACCGCAAGAUCACCAAUUCUUUACAAAGAAUUGAGAAAAGAGAAACCUUUGUUGACUCCUGAUAUCACCAUUACAUCAAUAGGAACCGAGAUAGCAUUUGGUAACUCCAUGGUUGCUGAUCAUGCUUGGGUUGAAUCCUUGAACACCGAUAAAUGGAACCGGGAAAUAGUCUUGGAAGAAACUAGCAAGUUCCCUGAGUUAACUCUUCAGCCAAAAACUGAGCAGAGGCUACACAAGGUCAGCUUUUACAUUGAUGAAGGUAAAGGUGAGGCAUUGACCAAGGAACUAUCACAAUUGCUGGAGAAACGUGGCUUGGAUGUCAAGAUAAUUUACAGUUGGGGAAAGAAUGUGGAUGUUAUACCGCGAGGUGCCGGAAAAGGAGAAGCCCUCGAGUAUCUUCUCAAGAAGCUGCAGGCUGAAGGAAUAUUCCCGGUUAAUACUCUUGCUUGCGGUGACUCUGAACAUGAUGCUGAACUAUUUAGCAUUCCCGAUGUUCACGGUGUUAUGGUGAGCAAUUCCCAAGAAGAGCUAUUGAAGUGGCGUUCUGAAAAUGCUUUAAACAACCUAAAGGUUAUACAUUCAACCGAGAGGUGUGCGGAUGGGAUUAUUCAAGCCAUUGGCUAUUUUAAUCUUGGCCCAAAUCUUUCUCCAAGAGAUGUUUCUGAAUUCUUGGAUCGUAAGACGGACAAUGCGAAUCCUGGUCACGAGGUUGUGAGAUUUUACUUGUUCUAUGAGAAAUUGAGACGCGGUGAGAUCAAGAACUAUGAGACAUACAUAGCCAGCUUCAAAGAGUCAUGUCUCCAUGCUGCUGUCCAUUUUCAUCCAUCAGGUGCAGAGAAAUCUCUGAGUGACACCAUUGAUGAGCUGAAGAAGUGUUAUGGUGACAAAAGAGGGAAGAAGUUUUGGGUUUGGGUAGAUCAGAUUCUGAUAACAGACACCAUUCCUGGCAAAUGGAUAGUGAAGUUUGAUAAGUGGGAGCAAUGCGAGGAUGAACGUCAAUACUGCAAAACGACUGUCGAAUUCACUUCAAAGGGAGGAGAUUUGGUGUGGGAGAAGGUGAAACAGAUAUGGUCUGAGGAACCAGAGGUGAAGGAUGAUGAUAAUAGCUCUUGGAUUCUCUGAAUAUUUUGGAGACUGCUUUUCUCUUUCUCAUGAGUGAAUUGAUUCAAUGGCAGUCCAAAAACGUGGAAUUGAAGCAAUCGCUGAACAAAACAAGACUAAGAAACCCUAGAAUCGCCGAGAUGAGCUAAGGAAAGUUGCGCAAAAAAUAGCUUCGAGUAACUUAGAGAAGGCCUCGGCCUCUUUCUACAUCCGAGCCACCGCCUCUUCUUAAUUUUAAUCAUUUCCUAAUGUAAAAAUAAAAUUCUGAGUGAUGCAAUUAUUAUAUAUAGAAUCGCUCAUUAGGUCAUUAGUUUGUGAAUGUGAUGAACCGAUGUGAUGUGGUGUGGUGAGUCUAAUAUACCAAACCAGAACAUUAGACUUAAACCAGUUUACCCAGUCGACAAAAAAUGAAACCCAUUCAUAGUAAAUUAAUUUUUUUAAAAAUUAAUUCAAUAUUUUUAAUUUACUGUGGCUAUAAAACCUAAACUGAAGCAGCAACAAAAAGAAAAAAAAAAAAA